UUUUCACGUUUUGUUUAUUGAGAGUAACAUUAUUAUUUAGUUCUAUGUCUGUGUAGUGAAUUGUUAUUGACGCCUUCUGACCGGUUGUUUAGUGUUCGUGACUGAAAUUUUUAAUAUAACAAUUUGAGACAAAGGACAAAUUAUCAUUUUGAUGAUGAAAGACGUAAUUGAUGUAUUCCAGUUGCAAGUUCAGCGAGACAAGAAUAGAAACAGAUUUCCGCCAGUGGACUAUAAGGAACAUGAUGAUUCUUAUCAUGUGGUUAGGUUUAUUUUUGAGUGUGGAAUGAAGUUAAACGCAAGCCCUCUGAGUAUAUCCACUGCUGCCAUACUCUUUCAUAAGUUCUUCAAGGAGGCUGAGAACAGCAGCUACGAUAAAUAUCUGAUUGCAAGUACUUGUCUGUACCUGUCCGGGAAAGUGAAGGAUGAGCCAGUGAAAGUGCGCGAUGUGAUCAAUGUAUCACGCAACACACUGCACCGCAAUUCUGCACCACUUGAUCUCGGUGAGGAGUACUGGAACAUGCGUGAUGCUAUUGUACAAGGGGAAUUAUUGCUCAUGCGUAUGCUCAAGUUUGAAGUCACCAUCAUACAUCCUCACAAGUAUAUGCUGCAUUACCUCAAGUCACUACAGACAUGGAUCUACCCAGAGGCUUGGGAGAAGGUCCCUAUUGUGCACAUGGCUUAUUCUUUUCUGCAAGAUUUCCAUUAUGUACCUGUGAUCCUGGAUUACAAACCUCAACAUAUCGCCAUUGCUUGUAUCAAUCUCGCUUUACAAGUGUAUGGAGUCCAAGUACCUUAUACGGAUGAAGAUGAAGGUAUAACAUGGUACUCGGUAUUCGUUGAUGACCUCACUAAAGACCACAUUUGGGAGAUAAUGGAAAACAUUAUGGAUGUGUACGAGAAGGAGUCAGAAUCACAGUGAACUUAAUAAAUGUGAUCUCAAUGUUCCAUUACUGUGUGACUAUUACUUACAGUGGAACUUUCUGUGUAGAAUCCUUGAUCCCAAACCACAACUUGAACUCUUUUGAUUUAUAGGUCUACAGUGUACAGAACGUAUCUGAAACCGUGUAUAAUUUCUAGAGCACUUAUGACUCAAAAUAAGACUUUAAAUAUGUUCUGAUAUUUGAAAACAAACAUUAUUUUUAAUAACUAAUGAGUUAUUACAUAAUACUUUGAUAUUACAUUUUAAGAAAAGUAACUGCAGAAAUGUUAAUUGCUUUUUGGAUAGUACCACAAAGAAAAUUACUACAUUUUUUAACUGUAGAGUAACUUUUUUGUUAUUAAAAUUGUAAGAUCAGUCAUAAAAGAGAUUUUGAGGGGGGUAUAUUUUAUACUGUAAUUAUUUUGUAUACUAAUUAUCAUAAUUUCCUACACAUUUUGAAAAUUAUAUUGCAUCAUCCAUAUAUGCCAAUCUCUUAACACUAAAAUGAUUUAUGAAAAUUUGUAUUUGUCUACUCUAUAAUACACACCACGAGAGGUUUUUUUAUGGAUUCAGAUACUCUGUAUAAUAGAUUUGUAUACACUUUAAGUGUAAAUUUGUACAAUAUUUAUUAGUUCCACCGUUUUGUAUUUCAGAGGGGAUUUAUAGAUACAGUCAGUGAAUGUAAAUAAAGAAUAGUCAUUUUAUAAGAAACUGCAAUAUA